AAUUACUUUAGCAGGACAGGAUGUUCGUCCAAUAGAAAGCCACGCUUUCGUUUUCCAACGGUCACUCGCUCGCUGCGUUUGGAAUUUGAAUUUGCGGCGGUCAGCCAUCACCAGUCGGCUCGGGAGUUCAACGAAGUUGGGCGUGUGCAAAAGAGAGAAAGAACAGACAAGAUGGCUACUAAUUUCUCUACUCGGUACAAAAAGGAUCUGAGUACCGAGACGCUCAAGACAAAACUUGUCCACCGGAAAUCUCUUCAUCAGAAGGAGAGCAGGUACAAGGAGUUUAAUAGGGGCCGGCAGUUUGGACCGAUAGAUGUGAAUACACAGGUAUCAAGGGAGGAGAACCUUUCUCGACUGGAGGAGACAAAGGAAGAUCACUCUCCCAAGGGAAAGGCUAAGCCGAAUCAGACUUCAAAAGCGACAGCUAAGAUACAGCAACGUAUUCAAUUACUCCAACGUUACAAAGCUGAAAAAGAACUAAGGAAAUUAAAGGAGCAACGAGAGAAACCUGUGUUUAAAUGUGGCCGGUUCAAGCCAGAAGCCCCGGGCUUUCUUACAAAAGCAUCACAGAUCCCAGUCCUGAGCAAGCCGAAAGAGACGGUGGUGAAAACAGCAACUGUGGAGGCACCUCCCGUGCGGGUAACAAGAUCAAAGACGAAGAACCAGGCGCAAGAUCCAAUUAGACCACAGCUUUCUUUGAAGGCCCCCAGUAAGAGUGGCAUUCCUCAGAUAUCUCAGCAGAAGCUGAUCUAUGUAGACAAACUUCCCAGAAGGGAAAAAAAAGAAGUUCCAGCAGUGAUCUCCACAGUUUCAAAUGGAAGAAUUACAAGAGCAGCAGCUGCAGCUGCUGUUGCAAAGACCAAAAUACCGCAGGUCAAACGGCCUACUGCAACUACAGGCAAUUCGGCACAGAAAAAAGAAACAAAUAAAGGAAAGCAGCAAAGAGGGGUCAAAAAGGAAGAGGCAGUAGUGUUGCACAAGAUGGAAGAGAUUGCUGUUAUGGACCCUGUGAAAAAAGAGGAAUCACCUCUGCUUGUUGAAGAAACUAUGCAGGAUGAGGCUUUCCUUGAGAACGAAAGCUUUCCAGCCUCUCACAUCCCAGCUUCAGUGCCACCAAAGAGAACACGUUCCUUUGCUCCUCAGAACUUCGUCUUCAAGCCUCUGGAAGGCCUGACCACCUACAAGGUGAAGCCCAUGUCCCCCUCCAAGGCAGACGGGUUUCUGUCGCCCAAUCUCUCCUGGAGUCCCAUGAAGAAUAUUAGCGAAGUCCCUAAAGAAGAUGCAAAAGAAUUAGGGUCCAAUGUCUGUGGUCUGAAUCAGAAGUUCUUUGCAACCCCUGAAAUGACUGAGAACAUCACCGGGGAACAUCAGCUGAUGCUGGAAUUGCCUGCAGUUGAAACAGAAUCUGUUCCUGAGGAGUUGAUGGAAAUUGCUCCCAGUCUGCAGCUGACAGACCUGUUUGUAAGUCCAGUAGCAGAGCCAGCAAAGGAGGCACAGCAUGAUGUGCCCUAUUUCAGAAACAUCCUUCAGUCGGAAACUGAGAGGCUAUCGGCGCAGUGCCUUGAAUGGGACGGAACAGCUGAAACAGACAUCCCUGAGGACGCAAAGGAUCUCAUUCGCACAACUAUUGGACAAACCAGACUGCUCAUUGCAGAAAGAUUCAAGCAGUUUGAAGGGCUGGUGGAUAAUUGUGAGUUCCAGCGCGGUGAAAAGGAGACAACCUGUACAGAUCUGGAUGGAUUUUGGGAUAUGGUGAACUUCCAGGUAAAAGAUGUAAAUAAAAAAUUUGAGAACCUGAGGAAGCUUCAGGGGAAUGGAUGGCAAAUGGCGGCCGAUGUCCAAGCCAAGAAGCCAUGCAAGAAGAAGGCUGCUCCUCAGAGGGCAACCAAAGCAGGCGAUGGGGCCGCGGAAAAGGCAGCAGCCCAGAAACGCCUGGCUGCCAUCAAGGCUAUGAUGAAGAGCAAGAUGAAGCAGGUGGAAGCAUCUGUGAGCCAAGAGGCACCUGUAGAAGGAGAGAAAGUGGUCUUCGAUGGAGGGUUUUUCCAAGUCGAAUCUCCUGCCAAAGUGCUCUCAGGUUGGACUCCCAAAUCUGCUGGCCGGACUCCUCGACCAACGAAGCGAAUGACUCCAAGGUCCGCCAUGAAGGACCUUCUCCAGAGUUGUGCAGAAACCUGUGUUCUCACGCAUGGCACUCCGGCAACAACCAAAGCCAUUACCCCCCUGCCAGAUUUGGAUGCAUGCACGGAGCCUUGUGGAGCCAGCCUCCUUGGGUCCAUUUCUGAACAAAGCGACGCUCAAGCUACAGAGGAGCCACGCGUUACAACAGAAAACAUGCCAGAAGAAGAAGCUAUUGACACACAGUUAGCCAUAUGUGAUAAGGAAUCCUCAAGAGAUCAGAAUGAUGUCUUGGUUUCAGUAAACUUAGACGAAACCGUGGAAUAUCCCAAUGUUCAAAAGGAAGUUUCAGAAGCUGCAGAAGAGAUGGAACAAAGCAAUGAAUCUGUGAAUGAACAAGACAUUUUCUGCAGUCCCAAGAGAGAUUCCCAGUCUGAAAACCAACUCCUUCAGGAGGAAACACAGCAGGAUUCAGAUUCCCUCCUUCUUGGUGAUUUAUCCUGCGAAAUACCCUGUGGCAAUGGAACAUCUGAUCAGCAGCCAGAAUUGGAGGACAGCCUUUUUUUCACUCCGCUCAGGAACAAAACAGAACAAUUAAUAGGAGCCUCUGCGUGCAAUGACCUUAUGUCAUUCUCUCCCUUAGCAGUCCCAGAAAAGGGAAAAUGAGUUUACUAGAGAUGGAAUACAAAUCGAGAGCAACUGCACCUGGACACUGACUUCAUAUUGUGUGUUUGUCUCUGUUUUUAUUAUGACUUUUACUCAUAUGGUUUGGAUAUUAAAGUAAUUGUUUCAUAGAGGUCUAGGACCAACAGCAUGUGAUUAAGAGUAUGGAUGUGAGCAUCUUUUUUUUAUCUGUUUUAAUUUUUAAAAAACCAAAAUCUGCAAAUAAAAGGACUUGACUUGUCUUUGUUAAGGUUGAAAGAGAAAAAUCUUAAUUGUCUGGCAGAAAUUUUCUUGGAGGUUUUUAAGAUACCAUUCAUGUUAUUAGAUAAUUUGUUGUUAUACUUGAAUAUUCAGUGGAAAUAAAAAUGUAUUUAACAAAAA